AUGGGCAUGUUUAGCAAGUCUAGCAGCGACGACGUCGCACACGAGAUGAAGGGUGACGCGAACCCACCAACGCUCGACCCGCAGGAAGCACGUAUAGUGGAAAAGUCGCGCGAAGAGAAACGCUUCCUCCUCAAACUCGACAUCUUCCUGCUCACCUACGGCUGUUUCUCACAGGUGAUCAAGUACCUGGACCAAACGAACAUCACGACCGCCUACGUCUCAGGCAUGAGCGAGGAUCUGGGCUUUGUGGGCAAUGAACUCAACCUCUUCACGACCUACUUCAACGUCGGCUACUGUAUCUUCCUCAUUCCCUCGCAGGUGUUCAUCACGUACUUCCGGCCCUCGUGGUGGUUGCCAGGCCUUGAGUUCAUCUGGGGUGUCUUCACGGGCUGUAUUGCCGCGUGUAAGACUGCGGAGCCGAUCUAUGCAUUGCGCGCGCUGAUAGGGCUCGCCGAGUCAUCAGCGUACCCCGGCACCGUCACCAUGCUCAUGGCGUGGUACACUCCUCUUGAGAUGGCCAAGCGCAUCGGCUUCUACCACUCAUGUCAGGCAGUUGGAGGGAUGCUCUCGGGCGCUCUCCAGACGGCUAUACAGGAGACCAUGGCCGACGCGCAUGGCAUCCGAGGCUGGCAGUGGACGUUCAUCAUCAACUGCAUCAUGACCAUCGGGAUGGCGCUCAUCGGGCCCUUCUUGAUCCCCGACUUCCCUGACAAGCCGAACCCCCGAGCGUUCUGGUUGACGAAGCGCGACUACGAAAUUGCGCGGAUGCGCCUUGACCGUUUCCGCCGCGUCGACGUCAAGCCCAUCAAACCCGCGACCUUUAAGCGCACCUUUUCUUCACCACAACUUUAUCUGGCCAUGUAUUUAUACGUGGGCAUGCUUAUCGCGGUCAGCGGCAUCGACUACUUCCAGCUGUGGCUCAAGAGCCUCGUAAACCCCGACGGGAGCAAGGUAUGGGGCAUCACGCAACUCAACGCCAUCCCAAUGGGUGGGCGGGCCAUGCAAAUUGUCGGCGUCUGGAUCGCAGCCUACUGCUCCGACGUGUUCCGGACCCGUUGGGCCGUCCUCCUCGCCAUCUGUGUCGUCGGGAUUCCGAGCUGCAUCAUCAUGACGGUAUGGAAUGUGCCCAAUUCGGCAAAGUACUACGCCUACUUUAUCCUGUACAUGCUCCAGUCACAUGGCCCGCCACUCUGGGCCUGGCUCUCGGAUAUGUUGCCCACCCACGCUGAGCAGCGCGCCCUCACGCUUGGCGUGUGCAUCACAGCUUACUACGCGAUCAACGCUUGGUCCAACAUCCUCAUUUUCCCGACCAAGCAGGCGCCGCAUUACAGGUAUGGCUGGCCCGUGUGCCUCGCCCUGUAUAUCACUAGUGGGCUCGUGAUUGUCGCGCUUCACAUCUACGAUAUCAAGGUUAUCAGGUGA